AUGAGCUCAGUCAAUAAUAAUGCCUCAUGUGUGGGUCAAUUAGUGGCAGACCUCGAGGCUGCAUCGCAACUUCAUCAGAGAGGUAAAUCAUAUAAGAGAACAUAUGACAUUUUCAAUAGCAAACAUAAAGUAAAUAGUUGGAAAUUCAAUGAAUGGGAUUAUGGUAAGAAUAAUAUUAAACUACCUACCAAUGCAAGAGGCCUCUUUAUCUUAGAUGAUCCAAACGAUCCACGCAUUGUUGCUAGAGGUUAUGACAAAUUUUUCAAUAUCGAUGAGGUUCAAAGCACCAGAUGGGAGUGGAUCGAGGAGUUUACAAUGGGACCAUAUGAAGUCACCGUUAAGUCAAAUGGUUGUAUAAUAUUUAUAUCUGCGCUGGAAGAUGGUACCAUUGUUGUUUGCUCGAAACAUUCGACAGGACCCAGGGACGACGUAGAUAGAAAUCAUGCACUUGCAGGUCAGGCUUUCCUAUUGAGACAAUUAGAUGAAUUAAAUGUAGAUAGCAAGAAUUUUGCUAAGGAAUUGUAUGAGAACAAUUUAACUGCAAUUGCUGAAUAUUGUGAUGAUACUUUUGAAGAACAUAUCCUGGAGUAUGGGGAAAAGGAAAGAGGCCUAUAUUUACACGGGUUGAAUUUAAAUGAGCCGGAAUUUAAAACUUUACCUAUGGAUAAGGUACAUAAAUUUGGAGAGAAAUACGGAUUCAAACCAACGGAGUCCAUGAUCAAAGAAGAUAUACACUCAUUGAGAACAUUCUUAGAGAAGUGUGCAACUGAGGGAUCUUUUCAAGGUCGUGAGUUAGAAGGUUUUGUGAUUAGGUGUCAUUUAAAAGAGAAUAACAAGACAUUUUUCUUUAAGUAUAAAUUCGAAGAACCUUAUUUGAUGUAUCGUCAAUGGAGAGAAGUUACAAAGAAAUAUAUCGAAGAUGGUACUCGAGUAUUCAGGUUUAAAAAGCAUAAGUUCAUCACGAACAAAUAUUUAGACUUCGUAAUACCUCUGCUAGAUAAUGACCAACAAUUACGUGAAAAUUAUACGAAGGGAUUUGGUAUAAUUGGACUAAGGAAUCUCUUUUUAGAGUCAUAUGGUAUGAGUGGUAUGGAGAUCUUAAAUCAUGAAAAGAUUAAAGAAUUAGAAUUAAGAAAUGCAGUUGACUAUAACAAGAUAGAUGAAAAUACUAAAUUUUUGAUAUUUCCAAUUGCGGUAAUUGGAUGUGGUAAGACAACUACUGCAUUGACGUUAACCAAUCUAUACAAGAAUCAAUGGGGCCAUAUCCAAAAUGAUGAUAUUAGGGGUAAGGACAAAGCACAAUUAAUUAAAAGAUCUCUUGAGAAAUUAAGUGACCCUAGUAUUAAAUGUGUAUUUGUUGAUAGAAAUAACCACCAAUAUCGUGAGCGUCAACAAUUAUUCGAAUGGAUUGAUGAAUACAAAGAAGAAUAUAUGUCAUACGACGCCAAUAUUAAGGUUAUUGGUAUAUCAUUCUUGGAUGGUACAGAUCUUGAAAGAGUAAAAGAAAUUACGACCGAGAGAGUGCUUGCAAGAGGUGAUAACCAUCAGACUAUUCAACUGAACAAACAUGGUGAAAAAAAAGUUAUCGGAAUAAUGAGUGGCUUCUGGAAAAGAUUCCAACCGGUAGAUAUGAACAAAUGGCCAGAUAAUGCUUUUGAUUUACUGAUAAAUUUAAAAGUUGAUAACGAGUCAUCGUCAUUGUCAAAUGCAAGAGAAAUUAUUAGACAAAUACACGAAACAUACCCUGUCCUAAUCCCUGACCUACCAACCGAAAAUGAACUCGAACAAGCAUUUAAGUCUGCAUUAGAACAUAAACCAGAAAAUAUUCCAAAAGUAGUUAAGGGACAACCUCAAAAACCAACUAUCAAGAAAUUAAAGCCUUCAUUUUUCUCUGCAGCCAUAAAAAAUAAAAAAAUGCUACUAGAUGAAAUUCAAAAUGCAAUAAAUUUGAGUGAGAUGAAUACGUCAUCAGUGAAUAAGAUGGUAGAAGAAAACCGAACUCAACCAGAGUUUCAUAUCACUUUAUCACACGUUGUCCAAGGUAAGAAAGGAGAUGCUCGCGAAAAGCGUAUUUGGUCAACAUAUAUGAAACAUUACGAAGAUGAAAUGAUGAAGAUUUCUGAAUGUAUUCUAAAGAAAAGACAAUCUGGGGAGAGUGCAAACCCAGAUGAACGUGAGACAUUUGAAUGUAGCAAUGGAGAUCACUUAAAAUUCAAAUUAGCCAAACUAUGUUGGGAUGAUAAAAUUGUAAGUGCUAUUGUAGAAUUGAACAGAGAUAUUGAUCAUAAUACCUGUGUUAAGGACAAAAACAAUCAAUUCAUUAAUGGUCUAGAUUGCACGAACGUUAUUUCUCAUAUUACAAUUGGAAUAUUAAAUGUGGAUACAAAAGCAUCAUAUUCUAACACUCUUUGUCAUAAAGUAAUGGAAGGUGAUAUCGAGAAGGUAAAUGUCAUCGAUCUUUCGGAUACAAUUACCCAUACAGCAGGUAUAUGCAUCAAUAUAAACUAG